CAUACUCUGACAGAUACAGUGCUAGUGUUGUGGGACCUGCUCACAUCUGUGGUUCACACAGAAUAGAGUAUAACAGCAAAGAAGAUCGAAGUUUGAGAAUGGCAGCUGCUGAAGCACACAGAAUAAUUAUUUAUGGAGGAAAAGGCGCUUUAGGGGCCAAAUGUGUAGAGUACUUUAAGUCUAAAAGCUGGUGGGUGGCUUGCAUUGACAUGGUCGCCAAUGAACAAGCAAAUGUUAACGUGCUUGUUAAAAUGUCGGAAGCAUUCACCGAACAAGCGGAUCAGGUAACCGCUGAUGUGUCCCAGCUACUUGGGGAGAAUAAAGUGGAUGCGAUCCUGUGCGUGGCAGGUGGAUGGGCAGGUGGCAGUGCAAAAGCUAAAUCCCUGUACAAAAACAGUGACCUUAUGUGGAAGCAGAGUGUUUGGACUUCAAUGAUUUCCAGUCACUUAGCCACUAAACAUCUGAAGGAUGGAGGCUUACUGACGCUAGCUGGUGCAAAGGCUUCCUUAGCUGGAACACCAGGGAUGAUUGGCUAUGGCAUGGCCAAGGCAGCAGUUCAUCAGCUCUGUCAGAGUCUUGCUGGAGAGAACAGUGGAUUGCCUCCCGGCUCAGCUGCCGUUGCUAUUCUUCCCGUUACCUUGGAUACGCCAAUGAACAGGAAAUCAAUGCCUGACGCAGACUUUGGUUCCUGGACCCCGCUGGACUUUGUUGCUGAAACCUUUUACAACUGGACCAUUGGAGUAAACAGACCAGCUUCGGGAAGCCUAAUGGAGAUGGUUACCACAGGAGGAAACACUGAGACCUUUCCAGUUAAAUUAUAAAACCACUGCGGUUUAGCAUACAUGGCCCUAUCUAGACACUGACACUGUUCAGGUCAAGUCAAGGCCCCUCGUAUGACAAGGUUGUGGAAAGCAACAUCUCUUACAGUUCAUGUGACUCUCGGGUCGGUGUAUUUUUUGGCUAAACAUAAUGGAUAGAUUGUAAUGUUCUACAGUGGCAGUAUUUAGAUAUGCUGUUAUUUAUCUCAUUACAAUGAGAUGUAGUUGAUUUGUGUAGGUGUUACACAUAGGGAACCAGAAAGUCUCAUAUGUCUUGAAUGUGCACUGUAGCAUACAGUGGAUGGGCCUUAUUCUGUCUUUACAGUGAUGCAUGGAGUGUGCGUACUGUAUGUCUAAUACACUUGACUAGGGUACAUUCCUACUUUAUUACAAAUGUAUUUUUGUAACUUGGUUCGUGCCAUCAGUUUUUCAUUUGGCAGUGUCGAAGCAUAAUAGUAUAAAACUAUUGUAUGGAUAUUAAUAAAACAGAAUUUGUGUGCAAUAAAAAUACAAAUACAAAGUUAUCAGAUUCUUUUUUGUAUAAUUAGGACUUGCAUCCACCUAAACGUGUGCACAAUGUAUACAAACAGCACCUUCCAGUAUAGUAAAAAGAAAGCUACAGUAAGCAUUGUUGGGUUUAUUUUAAAAUAAUUGUAGCAAAUAAUUUCAGUUAACAGAGGUCCUGCAAUGUUCUUAAGCUGGAAAAAUAAGUCUGAGAUGUGACAGAAAAGAUGACCCCUGUAUGAUAAAUCAAAUAAACCACGUGCUGAUUGCAAUGCCAGUAAAAUGAAGAGUAAUUCGUUAAAACAGGUUGACUUUUUCUUUAGUGAUUGGUGUCGACAGAGAAGGUUGAUCAAGAACUACCUAAUAUUAGUUGAUUACUCUCAAAGGACAAUCUACUGAAUGUUGAGCAUAUUUCAUUUACUUACACUGUAUAUCUUUGAAUUUAUUCCACUGCAGUUUUCCAAAAUCACACAAGGGGGCCUGGUUUAUCCAAUUUGCAGCAGUCAAAUGCACUCUCCUGAAUUCGAUUGCUGGUAUUGGCUCUUUCUGCUUCCUUUUAAAGUUAAACUUUCGACGACUACUGGGAAUUUUUGAAAGGAUGACAUAAUUACAUUGGAGAGCCCUUGAAGAUGAAGUGGCCACUCAUGCAAAAGUUCAACAUAAUGCAGACGAUGUGAGUUUUCAGAAAAGAGAAUGUUCCACUGUGGUUUUGUGGAGGAAGGAAAAUAAAUAAAAUAAAAGCGAAUGUUAAACUUCUGACUGGGGUUACUUGAGGUUUGAUUUGUCAGUACAGGCUUGUUAAAGCAUUAAAGCACAGGGGUGGUGUGUUUACAUGUGUUAAUAACACCUAUGGUUACUAUUGUACACCAGACCCUUAUUGUUUUGAUACUAUAACACAAUGGUUCUCACUUGGUACCGUAGUGCUUAAAGGGAUUACCAGUUUAAUCCAAAAUCUGAACAUUUUACCAAUGCAUUUCCAGUCAAUAGUUCAUUGUUGUGCCUACUGUUUAGUAUGGUACUCUCAAAGCAUUGUAACUAUUUGGCCAUUUGGUAAGGCUUGUUCCUUCCUAUUACUGAACUAUCAAAUAAAGUAUACAUUGCAA